UUGAACUUUUCUCAAUCCAAUAGCUAGUUGGUUGGUUGGAUUGUUCUUUUUUUGAAACAUAACCUUAAUAGAAUACAGAAAAAUAAAAUAUACCACCAAGUUUUGAGUUCAUUAAAAGCCAGAAAAUUUUGGAUCAAAACUAAUUUGAUGGGCAAAAACAACAGCAAAUGAAAUUAAUUUGUUUUUACCAUAAAAGUAAAAAUUUUGUUAGUGAAGUCAUUCAAAUUCCUUUUAGAAAUAAGGAAAAGUUAUUGGAGUGUUAUAAAGGAACUUUAAUAAUGUCAGAUAGAAUAAUGGAAACAUCUCAAUUUAUAAAUGGGAUAGCAAUUCUCUUAUCUUUUUAUGUAGGAUAUAAAUAUGGUUUGAAAUUCAAAGAUAAAGUGGACACAGAAGGAAGAAAAUUUUUAAAGUUUCGACCAGACAAUAGGAACUAUAAAAUGCUUUUAAUUGUAAGAAAUGAUCUAAAAAUGGGCAAAGGUAAGAUUGCUGCUCAGUGUGGUCAUGCUGCAGUGGAUGCAUAUCAAAAAGCAAAAAGACGGAUUCCGGAUAUUGUUAAUCAAUGGGAAUGCACGGGUUGUGCAAAAGUAGCGCUUAAAGUAGAGAGCGAAAAGGAAUUAAUGGAUAUCAAAAAAGCUGCUGAAAGUAGAAAUUUCAUAACAAGUUUGAUUCGAGAUGCAGGACGCACUCAAAUUGAACCAAACACAAAAACAGUUUUAGCUGUAGGUCCAGAUAUAGCCGAUGAAUUAGACAAAGUGACUGGACAUUUGCGUCUUUUAUAAUUUUUUGGAAAUUUAAUAUUUAAAGUUAAAAUAAAUUAUUCAAUUUUGCAUUUAGAUAA